CCGCCCCAUUGUACACAAGACAACCGCACAUCGCAAUGGCUGCCGCACCCGAGCCAAUGCAGGUCGACGUCUCGACAUCAAACCAUGCCGCGACAGAGACCCAAGUCUUCCACAUCGGCACGCGCUCCUCGAUCCUCGCCCGCGUGCAAGCCGACGAGGUACUCAAAGCCCUCCGACAAGCAUGGCCGCACCAUCAGUUCGAAAUCCACGCCAUGAACACCGCCGGCGACAACAAUCAGAAGACGGCGCUGUAUAAGUUCAACGACAAAGCGCUAUGGACGCAAGAGCUGGAGGUCUUACUGCAGGAGGGUCAGUUGGAUUUCAUCGUGCACAGCUUAAAAGACAUGCCGACGCAAUUGCCUCACGAUCUCGACCUGGGCUGUGUGACGAAGCGUCUCGAUCCGCGGGACGGGCUGGUCAUCAAGCCGAGUUUAAAAGACAAAUACCAUUCGCUGGCCGAUCUGCCCGAAGGCUCGAUUGUAGGGACGUCGAGUUUGCGCCGCACGGCGCUGAUGAAGAAACAUUACCCACACUUGAAAUUCACCGAUGUGCGAGGGAACAUCGGCACGAGACUGGCGAAGCUGGACAACCCAGACAGUGAAUACAGCGCCAUUGUACUGGCGGUGUGUGGGCUGCAGCGUACAGGGAUGGAGAAUCGAGUAUCAAUGCACCUGUCGAAGAGCAACGGAGGCAUGCACCACGCCGUAGGGCAAGGCGCGCUAGGCAUCGAGACGAGGAAAGACGACAAGAGAGUGCUAGAGCUUUUGUCGAGGAUAGAAUGCUCAAAGACCACGCGACAAGCACUGGCGGAGAGGAGUUUGAUGCGGAUAUUGGAAGGCGGGUGCUCUGUGCCCAUUGGCGUCGAGACGGAGUGGGUGGCGCGAAGCUCAUACGUCGCCGAAAGCAGCAGCGUAGGCGUCAUGCCGUCGGACGACUACGACAAGUUGACCGGCGUAGCCACCGCGGCCUCCCAAGCCUCGCGUCCGCAAGACGAAGGUGCGGAGCCAGAGAGCUCGGACGAGAUGAUUAUGCGCGCGAUUGUCGUCAGCCUGGACGGGUCCGAAACCGCCGAGGUGGAGACGCGAAAACUCGUGCGCAACAAGGUCGACGCCGAGCAAUUCGGCCGGGACGUGGCGAAGGCACUGGUUGAGAAGGGAGCGGCCAAGAUUUUGGAGAACAUCAUGCUGAACCGCAAGAUUAUCGACGAACAAGGGCAAGCAUGAGGGGUGGUGGUGGUGGUGGUGCGUGGAGAAUUUCUCAUUGCCCUGCGGCAGGAUGAAGCCUUGCACUCAACCUUUCCCUGGGCUGUAAUCUUCAAGCGAGACUCUGUUGCAUUUCGUUAGCCACGAGGUGCCCAGGCGUGUCAUGUAUGCUCAAAUGAGCCACGGGAUACUAGAGAGUGGGAGAGACUGUAUAGACUUCAAUCAUCUGUGAUGACACCAAGGACAGUCCAUACAACAAAACAUCAAAAC